CUUCAUUACUAUUGCUUGGAUUCUGCCUCUGGCUCCUCAGGAAAUCCCAAAACAGCUGAUUGGUUUCUGGAGGCUGCAGAAUAAAAGAUGGGCAAGGUUUGCGCCAUUUUUGGAGGAUCCCGAGGAAUAGGAAAAGCUGUUGCAGAAUUACUGGCACAGAAAGGCUGCCGCCUGGCGAUUAUUGCUAGAAAUCUGGAAGCAGCCCAAACCACUGCACGUAAUCUUGGUGCAGGACAUCUGGCACUUAGCUGUGAUGUAUCCAGCGAACAAGAAGUCCAAAAUACUUUUGAAGAGAUGCAGAGGAAUUUAGGUCCUAUUAACUACUUGGUUAAUGCAGCUGGGAUCAACAGGGAUGGUUUGUUACUGAGAACCAAGACUGAAGAUAUGAUAGCCCAGAUUCACACGAACCUUUUGGGAACGAUGCUGACAUGCAAAGCUGCUGUAAAAGGCAUGAUUCAACAGCAGGGAGGUGCUAUUGUCAAUAUAGGAAGUAUUGUAGGACUUAAAGGCAACUCUGGUCAAAGUGUAUACAGUGCUACCAAAGCAGGAUUAGUUGGAUUUUCACGCUCUCUUGCCAAAGAAGUAGCAAAAAAGCAAAUUCGAGUCAACGUGGUUGCUCCAGGCUUUAUUCACACAGAGAUGACUGCUCAUUUGGAAGAAGAUCAGUUGAAGAAGGCAAUUCUCCUUGGAAGAUUUGGAGAGCCUCGUGAAGUUGCACAAGCUGUUGUCUUUCUUCUAGAGUCCCCUUAUGUUACAGGGAGUACUCUAAUUGUAGAUGGAGGCUUGCAGCUUCUGACUUAAAUACUACCUUGAAUAAGUACCUACUUAAAUGUCAUGAUGAUAAUGUAUAAAUAUAUAAUAAUUAAAGGAGGGGUGUGUGGGAAUUAGUUGAAGAUGGAUGUAUGUAAUUGACUUGAUAUUCUUUAGUCAGAGGAGAAAUUCGGCAGCAGUGGGUUCCAGCGCAUAUAUUUAGCUACCUGAAAGAGUCCAUUUGGUAUUAUGAAGUCUGCACAUGCAACAAUUUGAAAAAGAUCUGGUUUUGGUAUAGUGACAGUUUUAAAUAACAUGCUGAUACAUUUUUAAAGCACUGUAUUUUUAUAAAGUCAUGUUUUCCAGUUGGGGAUAGAAUGGAGAUUUUACUCGAAUUAUCAUGUUACACAAAGGUUAAUAAAGUGCGGAGGCAUGUUUAUUGGUUGGCAGGUAUGAUUGCAUCAAGUUUUUUAUGUAGGGUGAAGAUUGCAAACUGUAUAAUUUUUUUAUUCUUAUCAGUUAGUCCCCACAAAGUGGCAAGGAGUUUCCUUUGGUUUUUGUUUGUUUGUAGCUAACACUACAAAGCUAGGAGCUUCUAUAUCUUCAGCAUACCUGAAUUGCCUUUAGGAGAUUUAAUUAUAUGCAACGUGUUUUUAUAAAGACAAAACCUGCUCAGUUCCAUUCUUGAAUGUAUGUACAGCACUCAUUUAAUCCAGUAGCACUUGCGUGUGUAUAUUGAAGGACUGUUGAUGGGUCACUGGAGUUGCUAAUUCUGUAAUAUUCUGAGCUUGAGCUGCACAUACACUGGUGAACAGCACAGUUGCAGGCCUAGCCGCAUAAAAGACUUUUCACUGACUCAGUAAAUGUUUAGAAAACACGUCUCAUUUCCAGAGUGUGAAGUCAAGGUGUAUUGCUGUAUAUCUUGAACGCUCAGUUCAGCUAUGUUAUGUUGAUGCUCUUUAAUAUGUAUGUAUAGUCAAUAAAAUAGCCAUUUAUUUUAUUCAAA